AUGACGUUCACUCUAACUGGGGUUGCUAGUAACGUUAACCCGGGAGCGGCAGUAACAAGCGUCAUUGCACUUCUGGAGGAACCCUUGACUUCCAUCCUUACAUCGAGGUUCCUCAUCAACCUACAGAAGGCUCAGCGCAAGCUGGCGGGAUCUUCCCAGUCAGUCUCACUCGGCGAAGUUGCAUUCCAACCGCAGACCUCGAGGAACACGAGCCGCUUCAUUGGUUCCUUGGGAGCACAGCUCUCGCAUCACGAACAUGUUGACGAAGAAGAGAACGAGAUCGAAGUUGCAUCGUAG